AUGAUCCUCUGGGCCGGUGCGUGGAUUUUGGCCUGGGUCCCCGAUGUUUCGGGGCUUCGGGCCAACAAGGAGAGGUUGUGGAAUUAUAUUCAUCAUAGUUGCCAAUGGGGCACAGGCAUCAGAUGGGGAGAUGGUCCAACAGACACAGGAAUGGGCCGCCUAGCCCUCUCGCAAGAAGACAAACAAGUACGAGACUGGUUCAUCGAAACCACAAAGGCCCUGGGAUGCAAUAUCACCGUCGAUGAGAUGGGCAAUAUCUUUGCUGUCCGUCCCGGACGGAGAAAGAUGGUCCCCGCUACUUUCGUUGGGAGCCAUCUCGAUACACAGCCGACCGGUGGCAGAUAUGAUGGUAUUUUAGGGGUCUGUGCCGGAAUUGAGAUGCUUAGGGUCUUAGAAGAGAAAGGAAUCGAAACGGAGGGAGGGGUUGGUGUCGUCAAUUGGACGAACGAAGAAGGUGCCCGUUUCCCCAUAAGCAUGGUCUCCUCCGGUGUCUGGGCGGGCAAAAUUCCCCUCGAAAAAGCUCAUACCGUCCGCGAAGUCCCCACCGUUGCCUCCCUCCCAACAGCCGCUUCCGCCCCAGAAACCAUGAAGUCCGCGCUAGAAAAGAUCGGCUACCUGGGCUCCACCCCAUGCUCACACACCGCAUAUCCCAUCGCCGCCCAUUUCGAACUCCACAUCGAACAGGGCCCUUACCUCAGCACCGCUGGUCAGCGUGUGGGCGUCGUCACCGCCGUCCAGGCAUAUCGCUGGCACCGCAUCAACGUAACCGGCCGUGGCACACACACGGGGACCACGGCCUUCGAGCACCAGGCGGACGCGCUCUACGCCUCAGCGAGGAUGAUGGUUCGCGCGCGCGAGAUUGCGCAGAAGCACGGCGGUCUUGCGAGCGUGGGAAUAGUUGAUAUCAAGCCCAGCAGCGUCAAUACGGUCCCGGGCUUUGUUAGUUUCAGCCUUGAUUUCCGCGCGGCGGAUACGGCGAUUGUAGAGCGGUGCGAUGCGGAGUUGCGGGAGGAGUUUGCGGCGAUUGCGGCAGAGGAAGGAAAGGGGAUUGGGAAGCCGUGUCGGGUUGAGUGGGUGUUGGACCUGGACAGUCCGGCAGUUAACUUCCAUGAGGACUGCAUUGGAUGCGUGACGGAGUCUGUUAGGGCUGUUUUGAAGGAUCAGGCGAACCCGGAGUCACUGUAUCGUACGAUUCGGAGUGGGGCAGGACAUGAUAGUGUUUUUACCUCGACAAAAGUACCGACGAGUAUGGUAUUUGUGCCGUGUAAGGAUGGGGUGAGUCAUCAUCCAGAGGAGUUUUCGUCGGCAGAGGAUUGUGUGACGGGGGCAACGGUUAUUUUGCAGGCCGUUGUGAGGUAUGAUCAGAUGAGGUUCAAGGAGUAG